AUGGAGGGAAGAGAGGUAGUCUGUACAGAGCGGUACAGUGGGCUAAGGACUCGCCUUCCAGGCCCGGAGUCGAACCCAUCUCCAGGUAGUGUCGAGGCCAGGCCCGGCGGCGGCGAGGCGCGGAGGCUCACCCGGGAGGUGCUCGGAGGAGUCGGCGGCCAGGGGCGGGGCGAGGGGCGGGACCGCAGGGCCGUGCGCGCGCGCUCCCGCCGCCUUCUGCCCGCCCGUCGCCCAGGGCCGGGCCGGCGGGCGCGUCCCCGCUGCUCCGUUCCCUCCCCUCGCCCGCCGCGUCGUGAGGCGCGCGCCCGCCCGCCGCCUGCCGCGGAUCGCGUGGUCUGCUCUGCUCGCCGCGCCUCUCCCCCGUCCGUCCAUAUUGCUGCAGCCCCCGAGCCGGGAAGCCCGGGCCGCCCCGGGGGCGGGGGGGAGGGAGGGACGGGUCGAGAAGCCUGCCCGGCUCGGGGUGGGGGCGUCUUGCGAGGAGCGGGCGGGGGGGGACGCACGCCGAGGAGGCCUGGACCGCAGAGUGGGGAGCCUUCCUCCCCCCCCGCCCCUCUAGUGGGCCUCGGAUUUACAGCGGCUGCACCUAACUGGGAGGGGGCCGCGCCUCGCGUGAACCCCGACCCUUCUCCGCAGGGACUGGGGCCCAGCGCCCCUGAGGAAGGCGUCGCGGGCGCCCUACGAGCCAAGUUC